UGGAACUUGAUGUUCAAAGGACGGACAGGACUCGGCAUCAUUCCUGGUACCAGAUUUUUCAUUUCUCGAUUCACAUCAUAUACUUAUGCAACAUAUGACCAUGAAGGGAAUGAUCUUCCAACUUGGCCGCAGCCUGAACCGUGCUGCCCCUGUUCUCUAUCGCAGCGUCCACUCUGGCAUAUGCCCUGCCUCCACUGCCGCCACCACACCGAGGACUGAAUGCCUGCUUACCUCAAAAGAAAUCUACGCCCGUGAGGACAAGUAUGGGGCACAUAACUAUCACCCGCUGCCUGUAGCCUUGGAGAGAGGGGAGGGCAUCUUUGUGUGGGAUGUGGAGGGUAGCCGAUAUUAUGACUUCCUGAGUGCUUACAGUGCAGUAAACCAGGGACACUGUCACCCAAAGAUCAUAGCUGCACUCAAGGCCCAGGUCUCCAAACUCACCCUGACCUCCCGAGCAUUCUACAAUGAUGUGCUGGGAGCCUAUGAGGAGUACAUCACCAGCAUAUUUGGCUAUGACAAAGUCUUACCCAUGAAUACAGGAGUUGAAGCUGGUGAGACUUCCUGCAAACUUGCCCGCAAGUGGGCUUACAAUGUAAAGGGGGUUCCCAAAAACAAGGCUAAAAUCAUUUUUGCAAAUGGAAACUUCUGGGGCCGCACCCUGGCAGCCAUCUCCAGCUCCACUGACCCCAGUAGUUAUGAAGGUUUCGGUCCCUACAUGCCAGGGUUUGAACUUAUCCCAUACAAUGACAUCCCUGCACUGGAGAAAGCACUUCAAGACCCAAAUGUAGCAGCCUUCAUGGUGGAGCCCAUUCAAGGGGAGGCUGGGGUGGUGGUCCCCGACCAGGGCUACCUCACCAAAGUCAGAGAACUGUGUACCAAACACAAUGUGUUGUGGAUGGCUGAUGAGGUGCAGACAGGUCUGGGAAGGACCGGCCGGCGGCUGGCUGUGGACCAUGAGGACGUCCGCCCAGAUGUGUUGAUGUUGGGCAAAGCUCUUUCAGGAGGGGUUUACCCUGUAUCUGCCGUGCUGUGUGAUGACGAGAUAAUGCUGACCAUCAAGCCUGGGGAGCACGGCUCUACAUUUGGAGGAAACCCCUUGGCCUGUCAGGUUGCCAUGGCUGCACUUGAGGUGUUAGAAGAGGAGAAGCUUGCAGAAAAUGCUCAAAGGAUGGGAGAGCUGCUACGGGCUGAGCUGAGAAAACUGCCCAAAGACAUUGUGACAACAGUCAGAGGAAAAGGCCUUCUCAAUGCAGUGGUCAUCAGAGAGACCAAAGACUAUGAUGCCUGGAAGGUGUGCUUACGUCUUCGUGACAGUGGAUUGCUGGCCAAGCCCACUCAUGGUGACAUCAUCCGCUUGGCCCCUCCCCUCACCAUCAAGGAACAGGAGCUGAAUGAAUGUAUCGAUAUCAUCAAGAGAGCCAUCAUGUCCUUCUAAACAACUACAAUUCAACCAUUCAGUAAUACACAGAUGCCCCACAAACUGAUAAUCCACAUCAACUGAAGCCUGUCAAAAAAAAAAUCACUAAAUAUUUUAUGUUUUCCAAAGAUGGUUCUUUGAAGGGCGUUACUGUAGGAGUACAGUAUACAGAGACUGUGUGCUUCUAUGAGGAUAUACUGACACUUCUGUACAGAACUAGUGCUGUAAAGAAAAAAGUUCUAUGAGCUUGAAUAUGGGUGGAAAGCAUCAGUGCUUUAUUUCAAAUGUUCUAAAUUUGUUUUUACACCUCAUUAAUCCAACUAUAUUUUAAUUUUUUAUUUUUUUUUUGGUUAACAAGCAAUGUAAAUAGUUUUUAGUUUUCAAAAAGGACAAGUGGCUUUGUGCAGUUUUAUGCAAUGUACAGUACAAUAGAGGCCCACAAUUAAAUCAGACUUUCUUCUAAAAGUUGAAAACGUACUGAAAGACACAACUAGCUGAAGUGAAAUCUGGUCUACAGCUCUGAUUAUAUAGUAGUUUACAGUUCUAAUAGACUGUCGUCAUUCUACUGUCUGCUAACAUAAGUCUUGUCACUCUAGUCUUGUUACAUAGAAGGUCAACCAGUCUGGGUAUAUUUUAUCCCAAGCGAGAAGUUUCUACAUAUACAGUACUUAAAAAGCCUUGAAAGGUAUUGCAUAUGAAGUUUUGGAUUCCAGGUCUUGAAACAUUUUGCAAACAUGUCAUAAUUGCAUGAAAAUUGUGAAAUUGUUGAAGGUUCAAGUAGUUUUAUUUCCCGAUACAGCUUAUUAUAUGUAGCAGCUUUGUUUUAAAUAAAUGUUUAAUUUGUGAUGCUAUGAAAGAAAUACUUUGAGAACUGUAAUCUCCAAAGAAGUUAAAUGCUGAAACAGAACAUAAGUUUUUGAUCUUUAUACCAAAUGAAUAACAGAUGUUGGGAGGACGCCUGAUGCCAGCUAAGGCUGGUUGAGUUUGUAUUUACAGUAUCUGUACAUUGUUUAAACUUUCUGAUUAAUGCUCUUGUGAACAUGCAAAUAUUUCUUUGUCAAAGGCAGUAUCACCUCUAAGUUACAUAAUAUAUUCUUAUGCAAAUAAAUGAUUGCGGUCUUA